UAUUUCGCCUCGUUUCAACGCAUUCGUUUGGAUUGUAAAACAAACUUCACCAUCAUACAAUGGCUCGUACCAAGCAGACUGCCCGUAAGUCUACUGGAGGAAAGGCUCCUCGCAAGCAGCUGGCUACCAAAGCCGCUCGCAAGAGCGCCCCGGCUACCGGAGGAGUCAAGAAGCCCCAUCGUUAUCGGCCAGGAACCGUCGCUCUGCGUGAAAUCCGUCGCUAUCAGAAGUCAACUGAGCUGCUGAUCCGCAAGCUGCCCUUCCAGCGCCUGGUUCGUGAAAUUGCUCAGGACUUCAAGACUGACCUGCGCUUCCAGAGCUCGGCUGUCAUGGCCCUACAGGAAGCUAGCGAGGCCUAUCUGGUCGGUCUUUUCGAAGAUACCAACCUGUGCGCCAUCCACGCCAAGCGUGUCACUAUCAUGCCCAAGGACAUUCAGCUGGCUCGCCGUAUCCGUGGAGAACGUGCCUAAAUUUGGUCUACGUUAGUUACCAUUCUAAAAAACGGCCCUUUUCAGGGCCACUA